AGCAGCGAGGGGGGACCAGGAGGAAGGGGAGAGACCAGGCAGCUAUCUAUCUCCUCCUGUUUUUCCCGGAACAGGUGAUGCUUCUAAAUUGUGACCACUUUCUGGAGAGCGCUCUGCAGCUAGGAGGAUGCGGGCGACCUAGAGUGGAAGCCCCGAGUAGGCAGAUCUGAAGCCACCGAGGAUAAAAAUCCAAACUUUGACUGCAUUGCGCUUGAAGAAAAAGGGCUGGUUAUUUCUUUGCAGAAGGGCCCCAAACUUCGGCACUUGUUCCCUUUCUCGGAUUGCUUUGGAGAACGCCGUUUGCCGGCAGCAUUGGAAAGUCAGAACGGUGUUGUCAAGUCACUUUUAAAGCGACAGUAGAGGACCAGACUUUUUAAAUGUUUGGGAUUCAAGAUACGCUAGGAAGAGGACCGGCUCUGAAAGAAAAGUCGCUGGGCGCCGAGAUGGAUUCGGUCAGGUCCUGGGUACGGAAUGUUGGCGUGGUGGACGCCAAUGUCGCUGCUCAGAGCGGAGUGGCCCUGUCCCGGGCCCACUUUGAAAAGCAACCUCCUUCUAACUUGAGGAAAUCCAACUUUUUUCAUUUUGUCCUGGCGCUCUACGACAGGCAGGGACAGCCGGUGGAGAUCGAGCGCACGGCCUUCGUGGACUUUGUGGAGAACGACAAAGAGCAAGGCAACGAGAAGACCAAUAAUGGCACCCAUUACAAAUUACAGCUCCUUUACAGCAAUGGUGUCCGGACAGAGCAGGACCUCUACGUCAGGCUCAUCGACUCUGUCACCAAACAGCCCAUAGCCUAUGAAGGACAGAAUAAGAAUCCCGAAAUGUGCCGAGUUCUACUGACACAUGAAGUGAUGUGCAGUCGAUGCUGUGAGAAGAAGAGCUGUGGGAACCGGAAUGAGACUCCAUCAGACCCCGUUAUCAUCGACAGAUUCUUUUUAAAAUUUUUCCUGAAGUGCAAUCAGAAUUGUUUGAAAACAGCAGGAAACCCAAGGGACAUGAGACGGUUCCAGGUCGUGCUGUCAACAACGGUGAAUGUGGACGGACAUGUGCUGGCCGUUUCUGACAACAUGUUUGUGCAUAACAACUCUAAGCAUGGAAGGAGAGCGAGAAGGCUCGACCCAUCAGAAGCUACACCUUGCAUCAAAGCCAUCAGUCCAAGUGAAGGCUGGACCACAGGAGGGGCCAUGGUCAUCAUCAUUGGCGACAACUUUUUUGAUGGUCUCCAAGUUGUGUUCGGUACCAUGCUUGUAUGGAGUGAGCUUAUAACCCCUCAUGCCAUCAGAGUACAGACCCCUCCCCGGCACAUCCCCGGAGUUGUGGAAGUGACACUAUCUUAUAAAUCCAAACAGUUCUGCAAAGGUGCCCCGGGCAGAUUCAUUUACACAGCUUUAAAUGAACCCACUAUAGACUAUGGCUUCCAGAGGCUGCAGAAAGUCAUCCCAAGGCACCCAGGGGACCCUGAGAGGCUAGCUAAGGAAAUGCUACUGAAAAGAGCUGCGGACUUAGUGGAAGCGCUCUAUGGCACACCCCACAAUAACCAGGACAUCAUUUUAAAGCGUGCUGCAGACAUUGCAGAAGCCCUGUACAGUGUCCCCAGGAACCCCGGCCAGAUUCCAGCUCUCUCCAGCUCCCCAGCUCACAGCGGUAUGAUGGGUAUCAACUCUUAUGGCAGCCAGCUCGGGGUCAGCAUCUCAGAGUCCACACAAGGAAAUAACCAAGGAUACAUUCGCAACACAAGCAGCAUCUCCCCACGAGGAUACUCUUCCAGCUCCACGCCUCAGCAAUCUAAUUACAGCACCUCCAGUAACAGCAUGAACGGCUACAGCAAUGUUCCUAUGGCCAACCUGGGCGUGCCAGGAUCCCCAGGAUUCCUGAACGGCUCACCCACAGGCUCCCCAUAUGGAAUCAUGUCAUCCAGCCCCACCGUUGGAUCCUCCAGCACGUCCUCCAUCCUUCCGUUUUCCUCUUCAGUUUUUCCUGCUGUCAAGCAGAAGAGUGCCUUUGCCCCUGUCAUCAGGCCCCAAGGCUCCCCUUCACCCGCCUGCUCCAGUGGCAAUGGAAAUGGAUUCAGAGCCAUGACAGGACUUGUCGUUCCCCCGAUGUAAAGUGGAGAAGGAACUGCUUUCUCAUAGCACAUAACUACUUAUUCUAAUGGACCAGUUACAAGGAAGCACUCUGAACUUGUUGGGGCAAGUUGCGCCCCCAAGUGGCCAUGUUGGACAGAUUUGGGAAGGCAAAGAGCUGCCAUCUUGGUCUCUCAUUUAACAGUAACUACACAAACUGACCCCUUUGAAGACAAGAAGAGACAAAUGUCAUUGACGUGGUCAGUGCUAAGAGCAGAAACACAAUUCUUUGUUAUGAACGUUAUGAAAAACACCUUCCUAUGUUUGUAAAAUAUUUAAGAAAAACAUUGGCAAACAUUCAUGCUUAAUAUUUUGGAUACUAUUUGUUUUUCUUUGUAGGAAAAAAAAGUUAAAAGUUUCUAUUUUCUAUGAAUCCUUUCAGAUACCAAUUUAGUUUAUGCAGAAAAAAAAUGAACAAAACAGGGUACCAGCAUGGAAGACUUUCUUAAAAUGAAACCUGAAUCGAAUGAGGAAAUGUUGUAUGUGUGUUUGCUUAUACUUUAAGCUCUUUAAAAAAAAAAAAAAACAAAAAACAAAAGGGAAAAAAAUUUAAAAUGUUUUACAGUUAUUUAAAUAAAUAAACGUGUAACUUAUUGUAAGUAGAAGUAGAAAUUAAGACCUUUUUUUUUUUUUUUUAAAGAAGAGAACGAUUUCUCUUCCCAAUGUAAAAUGAAAUUGACACAAACAGGUAGUGACGAGUUUUAAAGGUGUGUGGUUAUUACAGUUGCUUAUUAGAUUCUUAUCCUACACCCCGCAUUCCCCCCUCUUUUUACAUCGUUUUAUUGGCCUGUGCACAAGAACAUGAAACUUGUGCAGUUUCCCACUGAACAGUCCACCACAAAACCAGACUCCGAUAAACGCCAGACACAAACACUCCCACCCAUCACUUCAUCCCCAGAGCUGCUUUCCAAUUCACAGAUCACUGUGGUGUCCAUUCUUGGUGAAG